GAAUCUACAAACGGAACAGGAAAGGGCUGUGCCAAUGGCGGAACUUCAGACUCUGCAGAACUAUUUCGGUGUUACUCCAAGAUGGCGGCUGUGGAUGGAGAACAUGUGCAGUUAUUAGACGACGCAGAGACUCUGUUUGAGGCUGACAAUGACCAGAGUGAUUCUGAAGGAGGAAGCAAAGAUGAAAAGUGCAAUGAUGCAGCGAGUGAUGGAGGGAGUGAUGGGGAGGAGGCAGAGGAUGAAGAUGGAGGAGAGGAUGAAGAGGAAGAUGACAGCAACACCAAUGCAGGAUGGGCGGAGGCCAUGGCAAAGAUCCUGGGGAAGAAAACCCCUGAGAGCAAAAGCAGCAUCCUGGUCAAGAACAAAGAGCUGGACAAGAUGAAGGAGAGAGAGAGACUAGAGCAGCUGGAGAGAAAGAAGCAGGUUGACAAGAGACGAGCGUGGGAGAUGCUGUGCAGGGAAAAACCGGACACUGUGAAGGACCGAGAGACUGAGAGAGCUCUACAGAGGAUUGCUACCAGAGGGGUGGUGCAGCUGUUCAAUGCUGUGAGGAAACACCAGAAAACGAUAGAUGAGAAGGUGAAGGAAGUAGGUGGCUCAGAGAGGAAAAAGGCCAAGAUUCUCUCCUCUGUGUCUAAGAAAGACUUCAUCGAUGUGCUGAGGAGGAUGGAAGGAGGCAGCGGAGGCACCAGCAAGGCUGAAAAGCACACUGCUGCUGCAGCAGAGGAGAAGCCCACCUGGAGUGUCCUCAGAGAUGACUUCAUGAUGGGAGCCGCCAUGAAAGACUGGGACAAAGACAGUGAUGGAGAGGAGGCUGAUACACACACGGCAGGGGAAAGUGAAUCAGGCUGACACCAUCCACAGAAACCGAGGGGACUCUGUUGAGCAGGCCAUAGUACCUUCACAAACAAUCUGGAGAACAGGAACCCUGACCUGAAGAGGAGAGCUUCACGUGUCUGCAUCUGUAAAUUAAAACAUGAGAAAAAAGUGAAGCAGUUCUCUGCUCCUGAUUAGUGUGAGAACUGCACCAGGAGGAUGGAAACAGUCCUUUACUGAUUACUGAUACCUUUUAUAACAUGUCAUGAUCUGAUAUUAGUUGUUGAAUAUAUUGUGCAGAGAAGGGACAGGCUGGUGAAUGUCAAUCAUUCUAUGCUCAAAUGCUCAUGCCCAUCAUGGAGUCAGCAUCAGUUUGCUUCUGUUUAGUCUACAAACUGUUGAUGAUGAUUGAAUGAUCUGUGGCAGUGUAAACUCUAUAAAUAGGAAUGUUUUGUACAGUGACGGUUGAAUAAAUAGUCAAUCCUUUUAUCACCUACA